AUGGAACCUUCCAAACUACUGGCUGUCUUUCUGUUGCUGCUGCCAUCUUUUGUGUCAGCACACCGUAAGCGGAUCAUUGGAGGUGUGGAAUGCAGGGAGGAUGAACAUCCAUGGCUUGUGAUGCUCUAUAACUCUAACGGCCUGAUCUGCUCCGGAAUAUUGAUCGAUAAUAACUGGGUGCUCAGUGCUGCUCAUUGCUACAACAGAGGCCCAAUGCGUAUGAAGCUUGGAACGCACAACAAAUAUGUGCAAAAAGUUCAUGAAGAGCAGAGAGUCAGUGUGGCCACCCAUUGCUACCCUGACGCACCCCGCAGCACCAGGAACAGCUGUGAACGCUUCACCAAUGAUAUCAUGAUGCUCAAAUUGAACAAACCUGUGAGGUACAACAAGUUCAUCGCCCCUCUCCGCCUGCCCACCACCUCUGUCUCCGUGGGAGCAAAAUGCAGAAUCAUGGGUUGGGGCUCAACCACAGCUCCUUCAAGUAAGAAUCACCGCCUGCUCAUAAUUCUCUGCACACUCAGGCACAUUCUCUCUAUAUAUGUGGGAAGUGCUCCCUGA